GUCUGGAAGAAAUCGGAGAAGAUGGAGGUGGAAGUCGACGACAAGGACCUGAAAGCCGCCGGAGCUGAGUUACUGACUGAUGGCCGGCGAGGAUUGCGAAUCCACGGUUGGGAGAUCGAGUCUCGCAACAAUUCUAUCCUCAAUUCUUCGUCCUUCCAACAAUGGGAGCAGAAGCUGCAGACUUCUCAUUUGCCGGAGAUGGUUUUUGGCGAUAGUUGUUUGGUUCUCAAACACAUCGGUAGUGGCACCAAAAUCCAUUUUAAUGCAUUUGACGCUCUGGCUGCGUGGAAGCAGGAAGGUCUGCCGCCAGUUGAAGUUCCUGCAGCAGCAAAGUGGAAAUUCAGAAGCAAACCUUCCCAGCAGGUGAUACUAGACUAUGACUAUACAUUUACAACGCCAUAUUUUGGAAGUGAAGCAAUUGAAAUAGAUUCUGAUAAGCAUGGAAGUGGAGAAGUUUACAAACAAAACUCUAGUCUGCAUUGGGAGGACAGUGAGGAGAAGCUUGAUCUGGUUGCAUUGGCACUAAAAGAACCUAUUCUUUUUUAUGAUGAGGUGGUAUUAUAUGAAGAUGAAUUGGCAGACAAUGGAGUUUCACUUCUAACUGUCAAAGUGAGAGUCAUGCCAAGCUCUUGGUUUCUUCUCCUACGAUUUUGGGUGAGUCUCAUAUUUCUCUAAAUUUUUUUUUUGAUACAUCUGAUAAUGAUGGGCUAUACAAGAGGGGAUAGCCCUCUCCUUUCCCUAAAUCCCUCCCCACCCGACUCAAGGUUCAAACUUGAGAUCUCCAACUUAGAAUCUCAAGCUCUUAACCAUUGAGCUACCCCCUUGGGGGUUCAUAUUUCUCUAAAUUCCAAAGGAUUAAUUAAACCAAUCUAUGUUAUUGAAAUUUCUUUGAAAUCCCUCCUCUUUGAUGGCUCAAAUGUCUGUGUUUCUGAGCACAGGUCCAUGAGGAUGAAUAAGAACGCUAUUGUUUCUAUUUACUGGCUUUAUUUUUCCAUUUAGUCACUUAGUUUCUAACAGCUUAGGGUUGAUGGAGUGCUUAUGAGAUUAAGAGACACUCGAAUGCAUUGUGUUUUUGACAAGAAUGCUAACACUGUCAUCAUCCGGGAAAGAUGUUGGAGAGAAUCCACAUUUGAAGCUUUGUCUGCGAAAGGUUAUCCUACUGAUUCUAAUUCUUAUGCUGACCCAAGCAUCAUCAGCGAAAGGCUACCUAUCAUCAUGCAUAAGACUGAAAAGCUUAGAAUCUCCAGUAAUUUGUAAGGUUCUAUAAUGUCUUUGACCCUUUGUGCAACUAAUUCAAAUUGUCUUUAUGUUGUAAUCAUAGAAGAUGUUAAUCCAUUCAGGCAGAUUUAUUCACUCACAGAUAUCUUCGUUCCAUCUUUUCUUGGUUAACUAUCUAUAUAUUUCAUGAGUCAUUAUGGGAAAGAAAAAGGAGUCAGCAUU